AUGACCACGACUGCGUCGACGACCGCCUUUCGUGUGGGUGAGGCCGGACCCUUUGGCGGACAGCGGCAGGUCCGGCCGGCGGUGGCGGAGGAGGCACAGCGCGGUUACCAGACGAGCUACUUUGAGCAGGUGGUGGACCACUUUGAGUUUACCGAGCCGGCAUCGGUGACCUUUAAGCAGCGGUAUUUGCACUCGAGUGCGAGCUUUGGCCGCCAGGGCUCACCCAUCUUUUUCUACACCGGCAACGAGGACGAGAUCACGGCGUAUGCCGAGGCUGCCGGCGCCGUCUGGGAGGCUGCCGACGCCAUGGGCGCCGCAGUGGUCUUUGCCGAGCACAGAUACUUUGGCGAGUCGCUGCCGUUUGGCAAGGCCACCUUUAACCACACUGGCAACCUCCGCUGGCUUACCAUCGAGCAGGCGCUCGCCGACUACGCCCUGCUCAUCACCGCCCUCAAGGAUCCGUCGUCGCCGCAUUACCUCGCUCCGGGCGCCGAGCACGCGCCGGUCAUCACCUUUGGUGGUUCGUACGGCGGCAUCCUCUCGGCUUUCUUCCGUGCAAAGUACCCCAACAUUGUCGCCGGCGCCAUCGCCUCGUCAGCUCCGGUGUGGAGCUUUGUCGACACCGCGCCCGACGGCGGCUUCGGGUUCAACCGAUGGACGACCAAGACGUGGGCAGACCAAUGCGAGGGCGUGUUUGACGUCUUCCAGCCGGCAUGGGCCGAGAUGACCAAGCUAGCGGCCUCGCCCACCGGCCUCGCCCGCCUCACCGCCACCUUUUCGCUCUGCAAGCCGCUCGCGUCGGCGGCUCAAGUCGAGAACGCGCUCUUCGCCCGCCUCAGCGCCGCGCUCUCAUAUCUGGCCAUGGCCGACUACACUUUUGCCACCAGCUUCUUUGCGCCGCUACCGGCGAACCCAAUCCGUGCCGCAUGCGACAUUGUCGGCCGCGCUGACUCGCGCCUCGACGCGCUUGCAGGUGUCGCCGCUCUCUUCUACAACUACACUGGCGCCGGCGGUGACUGCUUUGACAUCAACCAAGGGCAACCGUCGUCAAUCCCAGCCGUCGACAUCACCGCGUGGACGUACCUCUAUUGUACCGAGAUCACCCUGGACUUUGGUGGCGCCGACGGGAUCCACGACUUUUUCGCGCCGGCCAAGCCCGACAUUGCUGGCAUUGCCGCUGCCUGCGCGCAACAGUUCCCGGGCAUUGUCUCCCGGCCGUCGUGGAUCACCACCCACUUUCUCGGUCGCCCCAUCCGUGGCGCCUCCAACAUUGUCUUUGCCAACGGCAUGCUUGACCCGUGCUCAUCGGGCACGCCGCUCACCAACCAGUCGGCGUCCAUCAUUGCCCUCAACAUUGCCGACGGCGCUCACCACUCGGACCUCUUUGCCUCUCGCCCGAGCGAUCCACCCUCGGUUGUCGCCGCCCGUCUCACCGAACAGCGCUGGAUCGCCAAGUGGAUCGCCGAGUGGAACGAUCCGACUCUGUCGACGCCAUCGGAGCUCUUAGCGAAUCCCCAGACCUUUGCCCUCUGCUCGAUCAUUGUCUCGUAUCUGCUCAGAUACAUCGCCAGCAGCCAACCGGACUCGUCCACCCUUGCCUCCUUUGUCGAGAGCGUCAUCGUCGAUGUCGACUGGCUCGCCAGCAAGGUCAUGGCCCAUCAAACCGGUGACCGUGUCAAGCUGGACGGCAUCGCAGCUUGGAUCACCUGCCAUGCCGACCUCCUUCGAAUCUACUCAGCCGCUGACAGCGAGGCCGCAGUCGCUGCCUGUAUCAAGCUCUCGUCGGUUUGGCCUGGUGAGGCCGCCGAGUUACACAUUGGCCCGCUCUGCCUCGACACCGACGUUGGCCCUGUUGUCCGACGUAUGCGAGAGGUCACCAAUACGUUGAUUGGCUCGCUGGCUCUCUCGUCACCUUCGAUCACGCUUGUUCUCCGCACGUACUGGGCCGCCAUCGUCAACUCGCUUAGUCCAUGCAACGAACAGCGCGCCGCAUCCAAUUCAGACCGCGCUGGCGCCUCGGCCGCAGUUGUUGUCAAGCGCCCAUGCCGCGAGUGCACCGCCUCGCUCCCGCAGGAUGCCUUUGCUCCUCACGAGUGGAACCGAUCGAGUGGCGAGCCGACCAGGGUGUGCAUCAAGUGUGCCGCAGCGGGUUCGGCUCAGGAGCCGAACCCGCCCAAGGUCUGUGCCAUGUGCGGCGUCACAGACCGUGCUGCCUUUGCCAUCAACAUGUGGCGAACUUUGCCUGGGCCAGACUUUCUCUGCAUCAACUGCUCGAUGGCUCACAACUCCAACGCAGCAGCACGCGCUAGUAGCUCGACCGAGUCAAGCGCACAAGUCAAGGCCUCCGCGAGCAACGACGGCAUGCGCGAGCGCGCGGCGGUGCAAAAGUGCGUCGCUGCCAAUGCCCCCAUUCCACUGCCAUCGUGUGCGGUGUGUGGCGUGAUCGGCACAAAGCACUUUUCGGCGCUCGCCCUCGCUUCCACUGCCGUCGUCAGACUCUGUUGCAACGAGUGCACCAAAGCCAAGCGCCCAGUGCCGCCUGUCACUGCCGCUGCUGAUCUUGUCGCCGCCUUGACCAAGGCUCCAGGCGAGCCUAGCUCGUCAGCGGCGGUCGAACCCUCGCCGGCGGUGUGCAUCAGGUGUGGCACGACAGACCGGGCGGCGCUGCCGUCGCCGACCAUGCAGGAGCGGAUCCCGUCGUCCCAGCUCAUGUGCGAGGCCUGCUUCCACAAGCCGCCAGCCACCUGCUCGCAGUGCGGUGGGACCGACUCUGUCAAGCUGGCCGCCUCAUCUCCAGAAGUGUUGCUCUGUUCCGCAUGCACAGCUGCCCCCAAGCCGCAGCCCAAGAGCAAGGCGAUCUGCAUCGCCUGUGGCGAAACCAACCAAAACAAGUUCUCGGGCACGCAGCUGAAAAAGACGGCCGCAUCCAAGCGCCGCUGCACGCCAUGCAUUGACGCCAAGCGGACUGCACCCGCCCCGCCACCCGCCGCACCGCCACAGGUCGUUGCAAGUGGGAUCUACUGCAGCGUGUGCGGAACAAGCGAGUCGAGCGCCAUGCCGCCCAACGUGAGCGCGAUUGCGCCCUUCCUCCGGCGGUGCAACCCGUGCUUUGCCGCUCUCAAGGGUUUUGGCCCGCCGCCGCCUGCUGUUUUACCAUGCCUUACUUGUGGUACCACCGCCUUUGCCGACUUUUCGUCCAAGACCUUUAAGCGCAAGCCGGAAGUGCGACGGUGCAAAGCAUGCACCGCUGCUAAGCGCAUGAUCGAGCCCACAAAAGCUGUCGGCACCAAGGCCGCUGCCGUGUCGUGCAGCAUCUGUGGCGUGUCAUACCGCUGGGCGUUUUCUACUAAUCAGUGGCAGAAGCCACCACAGGUGCCGCGCCGCUGCAAGAAAUGCAUCGCCAAUGCCAAGGCCACGCCUCAUUUGUGGCGUGUCAUACCGCUGGGCGUUUUCUACUAA